AUGACAGCCGACUCUGGGCUUUCGGCUGCGGGAAGCAGUACGUAUGCCUCGAAUACACUGCAUGUUGGGGAUGGAACAUGGGACUCGGAGCGCGACACAUUCCUCCUCCCGAAUUUAAUGGGGAUAAACUUUGACACCAUGCGAUAUAAUGGAAUGGGGAAUCGUUUCAAAGAUAUGCCCGAGUACCAUACCCUCAUAGUUGUCCAUGGUGUGAUUGCAACAAUCGUCUUCCUCUUCCUUGUUCCUAGCUCCAUCUUGAUCGUCCGAUACUAUUCCCGAUGGAAUCCUUACUGGGCUUUUAAGCUGCACGUCUGGUGUCAGGUGUUGACAUUACUGCUGAGCACCGUCGUGUUCGUAUUCGGCUGGUUCGCUGUUGGCCCGAAGAGAAGCCUGACCAAUCCGCACCAUGGCAUUGGUCUUGCGAUAUACGUCAUGGUCAUUUUUCAGGUUCUGUGGGGCUGGCUCAUCCAUAAACUUGAGAGGAACAAGAAAAGAUACCAUGUCCCCUUGAAGCUUGUUAUUCAUCGAUGGAUCGGCCGGGCCCUCGCCCUUCUCGGACUCGCCCAGAUACCGCUCGGACUCACCUUAUAUGGUUCACCCAAAGUGCUCUUUAUCCUGUAUGCGAUUGCCGCCUUCGCCCUGUUAGCAGCAUUCUUCGUGCUGUCAUAUCUGUACGACACAGAGGGAUAUCAGAUGGAGGGGGGGUACGAGAGCCGACUCAGCUAUGUCUCGGGACCUUCGGCUGCUGAUGACCAUCGCCGCAACAGCUUCGGCCGAAUGGCCACCGCAGGAGCCGCUGGGGCUGGUCUGGCUUCACUCUUCAGACGUCGUUCUAGAGUCAAGGAACACGAUUAUGACGAAUCCCACACAAGCUAUUCCGACGAGAAGCAUUCCGACGAAGGCCCCCGCCGCGGUGGCACAGGAAACCUGCUCUUGAAGCUAGGUGCGAUUGGUGGCGGUGCCUGGCUCGCUAAGAAAUUCUUUGACAGGAGACGUGAGCGAGACGAUGACACGGAGUCCGGUCGAUACAGCAGAGCCCAUACUCGAAGUGACAGUAUGACCGAGGAAAGUCUCAGUAGGCUGGAGGAUGAGCGACGAGCGGAGCCAACCCAACGUACCCCUCUCAACCGUCCAUCGAGUAGGCCUCCUAGUCGACCUCCCAGCAGACCGCCAAGCAGGCCUCCGAGCAGACCCCCGAGUCGGCCGCUAAGCCGGCCACAAAGCCCAGGUUCAUCGUACUAUUAUGACAGCACCUAUCUUUCCGAACGUCCCACCGAGAGAAAACCGUCUCAUGGAGUCCGAGAUGCUCUGCUAGGUGCAGGGGCAUUCGCAGCUUUUAAAAGCUUCUUCUCCCGUCGCAAGAAAGAUGCCGAACAACGUCGUGUGGAAGACAUGCGUCGUCGGGAGGAGGAAGACGAAAGGUUGGCUAGAGCAAACAGCAAGCGGCGAUAUCCAGGAGAGGCGUAUUACCCAAGACAUGGAAGGCCGCAUUCCUUCACUGCUACAGACCUGUCAACGGAACUGAGUCGCCCACCACGCGGUCCGCCACACGGUGAGUCUAUCAUCUCCGCACCAGAGGCAUCCGGGGCAGUCGGCGGGGCACGGUCAGACUUACCACCACCACCUGGUCCCCCUAUGCCAUCAGCACCAGCACCAGCACCGACUUCCGAGUUUCCAGCCCCAGCACCAUCUGCACAUGGCCCCACCGAUUUCGCCUCGGGGGUAGCAGCCGGAACAGCCCUUGGUGAAUCGUCCACGCAUCAUCGCCGUCGCAGCAGCAGUCGACACCGGAGCAGCAGCCGGCACCGUGAUCCCAUUGCUUCCCCCCCAGUAUCCGUCAAAGUGAAAAUGCACAAUGACGGCCGCCAUGUCACUCUCCGGAGAUUAACCGACGAAGAAGCCGCAGCCAGUCGCGAAGCAAGACGGCGAGAACGAAGGAAUUCCCGUCGUCGAGCCGGCAGCGCAAGCUCACUGUCAGGCAACGAAGGAGGCUCGUACGACCGAUGGCGCCGUGUCGAGGAAUUGGAGCGGCAGCAACAGGAGCAGAUGCAACGAGAGCAGGCUGCCGCGGCGGCUGCUUCCGCCGCUCCGUCGUCAAGCAUGCCUCCUGCAGCAUAUUACGCACCACCUCCCCAAAAUGGAAGCCACAUACCUAUGCCACCGCCGCCUCCACCCCCUGUGCCAUCCAGCCAUCCCUACGGAACAGGGAGCAUCGCAUCUCCCGGCACGUUCACCGGGACCGAAGCCAGCGGGGACUACGCAAACAAUCGUCGACGAAGACGGGCAGAGAGGGCUCGCGCACGUCAAGACAGGCAACAGCACGGUGUGGAAUUCACAUGA